GUGAGUCGCACUCGGAAGAAAACAAUUUCAGCUAUGCAGAGAGCAAUUCAAAGGAUCCACACUCUCGUGGAUACUCCACGCCUCAAAAGCUUCUCUCUUAACGCACCCAAAAGUGUAGAUGUAGAAUAUGCAAAUGGUAGCAAGUUCAGCUUGUCAGCUGAGUUUUUGCGAGUUUAUAGCCCAGCUGCCGAUGGCAAGAUUAGAUCAAUCGGAGGUGAAAAGGUAAUAUCUGGGCGGCGCCAUGUGGGGAUAAUGUAUACCGAACCUGUAGGAAACUAUGGGGUAAGGAUAGUUUUUGAUGAUUUGCAUAAAACUGGGAUUUAUUCUUGGGACUAUUUCUACAAUCUUGGGAUCAACAAGUUUACCCUCAUGAGAAAUUAUAUCAAAACACUGAAGAAGCAUGGACUCAGCCGGGAUCCAUCUAAAAGAAAGUGAUUGAAGGACCUCUGAUUAUCUGAGUUAGUCCCUCUAGAGCACCAACUCAACCUUGGUCUUAUCAGGAUCUUUUCUGUCCUUUUCACUCUCUUUGAAGGUGGAAUAAUGCUUUAUGUUGCUGGUUUUUGUCGGAGGCUCAAAUAACGCAAGUGUUCUUUUCAGGAACAUCCAUGUGGUUUAGUUGUGUGAACUCAACUCGUUUUCCAGACAAAAGAGGAGAUGGAAACUCAAGAGUUAUUGUAUCCAUUAGUAGGCCGUAUGAAACAGGUGAUUUAGUUUCUUCUGGACCAAGAAAAUGUAAUAUUUAGAACUACUUUUUCAAUUUGCUUGUUCUUUCCUUACGUUUAAUGAAAAGAAAAACAGUGUUGAUACAUGUUCUGGUAAAGCUGUCCAAUUUUGAUAACAGGGAGCAAAGUUGGGAUCUUACUAUGAAACCAAAAAAAAAAAAAAAAAGUUGAUAUCAUUGUUUGGAUUUCAGACAAUAAAUGCAUACA